CUCUCUCCCCAUCUGUCUCUCGCUCUCUCCACCCCAUCUGAGGCGGCGUGGAAUCCUGACUGCGUUUAAUUGCAGAGUGGCAGCAAGGCGCAAGAUCUGAGGGAAAGAUCGGGAAUCACAUGGAGCCACCACGUCUGUCAACGCUUUACGAGCCCCGACCCUGAGAGAGCGCGAGAGAGAGGUGCAGAGAGGAAGUGUUUGGAGUUUGGGAAAGAGUGGGAAAUUCUUUUACGCAGUGGGGAAAACAGAGCUUGGAAGAAGGGUUUUGAGAAAGGUAUAGCAGAGGAGAAAGAGGGAAGUAGGAGAGAGGUACACAAGAAAGACUGGAAGUGAGGGUACGAAUUAGAAGAAGGGUUGGAGAGAGAAAAAACCGGAGGGAGGGAGAAGUUAAGAGGCCCACCAUUGAAGAAAGGGCAACAGGCUACGUUUCGAGAAGAACAAGAGGGAGAAGUAGGAAAACCAGAGUAAGUUAGAGUAAGAGGAAGGAAGGGGGAGGUGAUUCUGAGGGAGAGCAAAAAGUUGGAGAGGGAAAGUGAGACGGUAUGUGAGGAGAAAUGACUAGACUAGAGUUGCGCAGAUGAGAAAAGCAGGCAUUGUGGAUGGCCGGGGUGGAGAGACGACGAGUAGAAAACCAGUUGUUUUCUAAGUCGUUUGGACCAGUGGCUUUCGAACUGGUAUGCACUCGGAGAACACGGCAGCGAGACACAUUCCAUUCCAACCAGCUUUCUGUCACCAUCGCUUGCAGCAGGGGCCCCAACAUACACGGGGCCCUGUGAAUGGAUCAUGUCUACGCAUGGAGCCUGGCGUAGCCCAGUGCACAGCCCCGUUCCCGAAGGAGUUGGGGAUUGCUGAUGACAGAUCGGAAAGGACGGGAUCUUGCGGCACGUCUCCGCCACGACAGGUUUACGUCGAGGAGAUUCGGCAUCCAUGCUAUACCUGGUGGGAUGGGCCGUUGAACUCUCCGCAAGCCCCUUGCGCCUGUGUGAGAGAGAUACAGCAAGAAUGCGGAUGUGUCCAACGGUGGUAUUAUCCGGAGUUGCCGCUACACCAAUUCAUUGGAAGCCAUGUUCCACCACACCUAAAGGUCGGAGGUCACAACAGAAAGGCGCUGUACGUCUCAGAGCGGCAGCCCCAAAGGGACAACGUUAAGUUAUUCACAUACAAUGGACACUGUCCGAGGAGACGAGUGUCUUUCCAGCGUCCUGAAGAGCGACAUGGAUUCAGCUCAACGGAGACAAGUACACAAUCAAGUCCUAUUAAGGCUCACUAUAAUGGGCCAAACUCUGGACAGGUGGCUUUUUUCCCAACGGAGGUGCCCCCAAGCAAACUAGGGCGCUCCAGGGCUCAUGGGCUCAUGCUGAAGGUAAACGAAGCACAGCAGGAAACAGGGACUUCUCAGGUGGGCGUGGAUCUGGAGAACCAUGGCAACAAGAGGAAGAGCCCAGAAACAGUACGAGAACAGAUCAAGCAAGUGGUUACAGAUCUCGAAGAAGUGCUGGGUGGUCUCAAACAGGUCCAGUUGGAGAUGAAAGAGGUAGUCCAACAGAUCGAUAUUCUGACAUCAAACAUUGACCUUACCGAAGAAGACCCAAGUCCAGCCAAUGGAAUCGCUCAAGAUGGCAGACGCCGAAGCAGUCGGACUAGUGUUGUGGCUAUAGUCCACCACUCAAAUGCUGAACAGGAAGCGUCGCAGAGGAAUGGAGUGCAAAAUGACACUAAAACAAGGACUUCCUGUUCCUCUGUCGCACACAGCCCUGUUUCUGUGAAUGCAAUUCUCAUUGACAGUCCACCGCCCAUGAGAAAUAACUCGAGUCCAUCCCCUACUCAAUUGGCUACCCUUGAAGAUAAAGACAGCAAAGUUGGGAAACAGAACUCAGAAAUGCAAAGCAUAAAGAACAAGGCCAAUGGCACCUGCCUUCCACACCGAACAUAUAAAGUCAAACCCCAACAUCACAAAGGGCAACUGGAAAACCACGGACCUCCUUCGAAUAAAACCCAAAGACCUCCACCAUACCCCCAGAAUGGACAGGUCAAAUUAAGGACACCCCCCUACCCAGGAAAACACAAGACACUCUCCUCCACCAUAGUUUAAGGACACAAAACAAAGUUGUCCUACCAUCAUUAAAGAGGACAACAUACCAACAAAUACACCCUUAGACAAAAACGUAUAGACUCACAGAUGUCACACGCACAGUCCAAUAUUGGCACACAUACAUUUUCGUUCACAGGGACUUGUCCCGCAUGCCACUUGGUGACGAAUCUCAGGGGAUUGAUGCCACACGUCUCAUCUGACUCACAUCGGAGGAGGGAGAACUCCAAACUGAGGGGCUCAGACUGUAUUUCCAAUGGAAAACUCCAGAAACAUCUCAUCAUGUGUGAACAAAAAAAGCAGCAUAAACCAGUUUGAGAGGUUUGCUGGUAUUAGCUUGCACACCAAGCUGGUCAGGCUGGUCUGGUUUGAUGGUUUUAGAGGGGUUUUGGGCACUUGUCGGCCGGGAGACUAGCCAAACCAGAAUAAAACUGAGAAAACUGAGCUCAUCAAACCACUUCAUGGGGUCUUUAAUUAGUACUAGAUGGGCAGUUUUUCUCUCCAGAUGCACCAUGUAAGCUUUUUAGAACAAUUACCCUUCCUGACAAAACCUGUGACCUGAUUUCUUCUUUAAAAUGAGCUCAACAGAGGAAUACGCUGCUCUUAUGUUGGAAAUUGACGGCUUUAUAACAGAGCUCUCAGAUAUAUGCAAUAUCAGUUAGAAUGCCUAAAAAGAGGAAGUGUUUUAACAUGUCUUAAUAAUGUCUUUAUUGAUCAGACCAAAGAUUGAUUUUUGGUCAUUUUUGUUCAGGGAGGUUGAAGAAUCAAUCAUUCUGCUAAGCUAAAGCUAACGUAUGCUAACAUUGCCUUAAAGGCAGCUCCUAAAACCACUUCAGAGAGAAUAUACUUGUGGAUUAUAGUGGAUGAAUACUAACACAGCAUUGCAGCUGUGGACUGGAAUUAUUUAAGCAGUGUUUAAAGACAGUAAAAGCCAUUUUUAUAAACUGUUGCAAUCAUUUAGUGGCAUUUUCACCCCGCAUGUGGCCAAUAGAGAGCGCUUCAGGCCACAGAAAAACCAAAACGGUAAUGCCAGUGACACAUGAAUGUCUUAUAACUGUGUCCAGCUCACAUGAAAUAAAACAUUGAGUGUUUAAAAUGUGUUCUCAUUGAGUUCUGACUUUUAUAAAUAUAAAGAUUAAUAAAAGAACAUGUCCAGAUCAGACAGAAGAAGAGAAAUGACAUUGUGCGUUUCUGAAAGGCAUUUUCUUUAAGUUUUGAGUUUUAGGGUCUGACAGUUGAGAUCUAAAUUAGGAUUAUUCACAUCAAAAGAAAAAUGUACGAAAUUAUAUUUACCAUAAAGAAACUGAAGUGAGAACUUGAAACUAUAAACGGGUAAAUAAAAUAAAAGGGGAGAUAACAAGAAUACCAGUCAAGAAUAUGUCCAGGAAGGAAGGAAGGAAAAACGAAAGAAAGAGAGAAAGAAAGAAAGGUAGAAUGAAGGAAAGAAAGAAAGAAAGAGAGAAAGGAAGGAAAAACGAAGGAAAGAAAGAAAGGAAGAAAGAAAAAAGAAAGAAAGAAAGGACGAAAUGAAGGAACGAAGAAUGAAAGAAAGAAGGAAGAACAAAGGAAAGAAAGAAAGAAAGAAAGAGAGAAAGAAAGAAAGAAAGAGAGAGAAAGGAAGGAAGAAUGAAAGAAAGGAAGAAUGAAGGAAAGUAAGAAAGAGAGAAAGAAAGAAAGAAAAAAGAAAGAAAGAGAGAAAGGAAGGAAAAAGAAAGAGAGAAAGGAAGAAAGAAAAAAGAAAGGUAGAAUGAAGGAAAGAAAGAAAGAAAGAAAGAGAGAAAGAAAGAACAAAGAAAGAAAGAAAGAGAGAAAGGAAGAAAGAAAGAAAGAAAGAAAAAAGAAAGAAAGAGAGAAAGGAAGGAAAAACGAAGGAAAGAAAGGAAGGAAGGAAAAAAGAAAUACAGGAAGGAAGAUAGAUAGAAAGAAAAAAGAAAGAAAGAAAGAAAGAGAGAAAGGAAGGAAAAACGAAGGAAAGAAAGAAAGGACGAAAUGAAGGAAGGAAGAAUGAAAGAAAGGAAGAAAGAAAGAAAGAAAGAAAGGAAGAAUGAAGGAAAGAAAGAAAGAAAGAAAUAGAGAAAGGAAGGAAAAACGAAGGAAAGAAAGAAAGGAAGAAAGAAAAAGAAAGAAAGGACGAAAUGAAGGAGGGAAGAAUGAAAGAAAGAAAGAAUGAAAGAAAGAAAGAAGAAA